AGUUUCGACAGAGGCUCCAACAUAAGUCUACUGCUCCACACUCCAGUCCAGUAGGUGGCGGUAAUGCACCUGUACGUUGGUCUGCCAACCGCCAAUAAAACUCAAAAGAAGAAGAUGUUCCAAAACCGGAAAUGACGCCAUAUGUUUGCGGCCGGAGCUAAAUGCGAACAGAGGAGGAAACUAGUAAAGUUUAGCCUAAGCCGCGACAUUAAACACGUCGACUUUCCAGCCCAGCUGUACAGGUGUAACCAAGCCUCCAAGAGGAGUCACACUGUGGUUGUUAUAAGGAGGAGCUGCAGGAAGCCGCCGACUGUAAACAUGUCCAGCCGUCUGGCCUUCCAGACCCAGCUGGCCUCCAUCAUGGAGGUCCUGGCUAAUGCAGCAGUAGCGGAGAUCUGUAAGCUGGUGGACGACGACUUUGCGGUAGUGAGUUUACAGAUGUCUCAGUGCCAGAGAGAGAACAAAUCCCUAAAGAGAAAGCUGCAUCUGUUGGAGCUGAAGAUGGCCAGGGGGAAUGCAGAGAGGAGGCUCCGGGAGAGCGCCAUGAACAGCAGCAGAUCCAGGGUGCAGAUCACCGCCAUGGACAGGCUCCGGGACUCCUCUCCCUCCACCGGUGGUGAGUUUCAACAGCGGAUGGAUGUUGCUCUGUGGUCUGCUAGAGCUGCAGCGGGAGGUGCAAGCAGCGAGCUCAUCUCUUCUGACAGCAUCCACAGUAAGUCCCCAGAUGUAGAGCUGGUGGAGCCAGAGGUAGUGCUGGUGAAGAAGGAGAAGGUGGAGGAAUGCAUGUCACAAGUUGAGGAAACGGAGGAAGAUGUGCCACUUAUAGGAGAUGAUGGAGUGGUGGAGUGUGUCCCUCGUGGACAUGCAGGACCCAGCCCUGGACAGAAGGACAUCCAGUCCACUUCCUGUCAGUCCCGAUCCCAGAUCCAGAGCAGCAGGACAAGACGUAGCGGCAGCAGCAGCAGAGGAGUGGAGAAGGAGGAGGAGCCGGAUGUGAUGCUGGUGAAGGUAGAGGAGGUGGAGCCAGUGAUGGGGACUCAGAACCAGACAGGCCUCAGCAUACAAGAGGGAUUGGUGGAGUCGAGCACCGAUGACUACAGAGCAGCUCUGCCAUUUGAUGAACUCUCACAACCUUCCACCAAUCAGCUGUCUGACCUGCAGGAGUCUGGGCAGGGCUUCUCAGAGUCUGCAGCACCUCAGUCGACGGCUGUCGUAUCCAAAGAGUCGAGCAGUAUAGCAACAGUUCAGCUGAGGGCUCCAGACAACAACACAGCAGCCAAUCCCAGAACACAGAGAUCCAGCAACAACAGCCUUCACACUUCUGAAUACUCUCUGUUUGAACUGGAGACAUUCUUCAACCACUGGGCCCCUGAUAAUAGCUCUGUAUUGGCAAAUAGUGGCCCUUCAUGCCAUUUAACUACUGAUGACUCAGCAGAUUGUGACCAGAAUCGAGUUAUUAUUGUAGAUGCUGAACCUCAACCUCAACCUGGACUUCAGUCAUCACAAGGCUCAGUUUCCUCAGCAGUGAGAAUGAGUGGAGGGCAAAGUUUCUCCUCUGUUCACAUCCAGCCAGCUAUGUCACAAGCCCUGUCAACUUCCCACCCUUCAUGGAGCAGAAAACCAAUCAUGAUAAAAAGUGUGGAGUCUCAGUUGCUGCAGCAGCAUCGUGACAGCAACAGGAUCUCUGAGCAACAGCACAGCAUGCCCUCUGCACAGAGCACACUGUCCUCCAGCGCUUCUGUCAUCAACACUCACAGUGGAGAUAAAACCACUAUCUCUGCUAUCAGCUCAACCAGGACUACAAGUUCCACAGUGGCUCCAUCUGUCAGGGGAUCCACAGCAGCAUUGGCCAGUAUUGAGGUGGCCAUCGCAGCACAGCAUCAAGCUAACCUUUUUGCUUGCCAAAAUAAAAUCCAGGCUUCCAGCAUUGUGGCCAGCGAUCGCCGCAGGAAGAGCUACAUAUGUCAAACCUGCGGCAAGGCUUUCUCCGGCUUGUCAAAUCUGGAAGCCCAUGAAAGAGUCCACACUGGGGAGAAACCUUUCGGCUGUGAUACUUGCGGGAAAUGCUUCUCAGAGGCUGGAAACCUGAAGAAGCACCAGAGAGUUCACACUGGGGAGAAACCCUUUAGGUGUGACCAGUGCGGAAAGAGGUUCGCUUGGAUCUGCAACCUAAGGACGCACCAGCAAUCUGCCACAGGCUGUGGAACACAGGCAAGGGGGGGGCUGGGCUGAUCAAGGAGUAGACUGUGGGCGACAGGACUGUUAAUGCUACUAUAAUUCAUUCACACACACACACACACACACACACAGGUGCAUUGCCAUUUCUUCAUUCUUUUAGGGUUUCGUGUAAACGUGGUCCUACUUUUGAGAGACCCCAACACUAAUAAUUCCACAGGUGUGAAAGUUAUUCCACAGUUGUAAAAAGUAGUUACACUAUAUGGCCACAAUAGGGCUGUUUCCACUACCAGGUAAUAGCCGGACAAUACCCGGAAUGAGGCAGGUCUCACUUACUGGAACGCCCCUAAUAUGAAUACCAGCAGUCCAGAGCCGGCUUUUGUCUGGACUUUUUCUCCCCUUACCUGGAAAAUCCUGGUUACUGAUUGGAUAGAUCGCUAAGCAGGAUGUGACGUAGUACUCUACACCACAGCAACACACGCCAUUUGUAAAAGCCGGCAAAGCAGUGUUCCCAACUUAGUGACUUUGUUGCUAAAUUUAGCGACUUUUCAGACCCCCUUAGUGGCUAUUUUUCAAGAAAGCGCCUGGAGACAAAUCCAGCGACUCCUUCUUACUUUUCUUAAUGAGCCGUUAACAAGCCGGAGGCCGGCUUGUUAAGAAGAGCCGCCCUUAGCUACAGUAAGCUCUGUAGCAGUACAGUGUGUAUGUGCUGCUGCUACAGGAGGUGUUCACUUAGCGAUCUCUGUUUAUUUACAACAAGCACCGGACACUCUGUGCACAGUUAGCACGCAGAGUGAGCGGACUUUUGAGAGGAUGUGGCCUGAGACUUUCCCGGUGGCCACUUUCCCUCCUAGUCGAAACACGGCUAUUGAAUCUGACAGUGAACCUUUUUUCCUCCUUAAUAUGUCCCACCACACCAUGAGCCUUUGUUGGUUCCCGGUUUUGAAAACCACUGUUUGAUUUUGGACUGUGAACAUGUAUUUUUUGUUAAGAUGGGCAAUAAACGAUCAUGCACAAUGAAAUGAUUUCAGUCACAACCUCUGUUAGUUGAGUUCUACCAGGUUACAGUGUUGAGGUGGUCCUCUACCAGUGAUGACCACAUGCAAUAAAAAUAAACAAAAUGA